GUCCAUUUUACUGAGUAACUGACCUGCUGGACUCCAUGACAACGUACACAACCUACACGAACACCACAGCAGUGGAGUUAUUUCCAUUAGGCUACUGCCAGUUUAACACAGGAUAUUACAUAAUUCCAGAAAAUGCCUCCAGAAGGGAAAUCUGACAUGGAGCGGAUUGGCAUCUUUAAAGAGAUGGGAUACAUCUCAAUAGGGGACAAAUACACACCUUUUAUAUACCGCCCAUUCAAUGACGCCGCAUACAAGAACAAACAGAUGCUGCCAGGAGGAGCUAAAUCAAAGAGCGCGCUCCCGGCGGGAUACUUCGACGCGCAGUUUAAGAGGAUCUUUGAGAGAGAGGCGCUCACAGACCCUGUCAAAAUAGAAAGACAGUACAGGAUACAACAGACCAAAAAGAACAUAGGCAAAGCCUUUCUUCCCAGUAACGGAGAGAAAAAAACAUGUGGAGUGGGCAGCUAUUAUGGGACAUUUGGAGGCCCCGUUCAAGCAAUGAGUGCCCUACAGAAUCCAAGGAAACUAAACAAAUCACCUGGAAAAAACUUCUACACCAAUCCGCCCAAGAAGGGAAGUGGUUACGGCUUCCCUGACGUCACCCUCUCCAAGAUGGUGUCCCAUUCCUCAGACCCCUAUGACAGAGCCAAGGAAAUGCUAAAGCGUGAGAUCACGGCACACAAAUCCAUGCUAAAAGGGGGAGCGUUUCGUUUGAACCUUCAUCCAGCUGAAUGCUUUGACAGCAAUCCUUACAAAUUUGACACACCCCUACCACCUCCAAAGAAGACAGAGGAGAAAAAACCCAUUACGGUGCCCUUCAAACCAAGUUCGCCCAGUAAAAAGACUGGAGGUAUGAAAGCAGGAACGUUUCAGUCCUACCCUACCUACUCUGCAGAACCCUAUGGUACCAAAAAGACCAAAUCAGCAAUGAAGAAUAAGGAAGUACAAAUAUUUCAUCCCUCCCCUGGCCCAAAGAGCACACCUGUCAAGAGCAUCAUCAGCCUCAAUGUCACUAAAGCUGUGAACUCCACAAACUACAACCAAAUCCCCUCUGUGAUGGCAUAUUAAGAACGUGUGAUGUCUUCAGGGUAUUUAAUGAAUGUCCUAUAUUGGUCUCUAGAUUAAAAAGCUACAACUUUGAAUUGUAUUUACAUCAUUCUCUUAACUG